AUGUUUAAAGAGUAUGAAAAUUUUAUCAAAAUUACCACUAAUCUCAGAUAAUCCAUACUCACCAUAUUAUCAGGCAGAAUUUAAUUUAGAAAAUCCCACUGUAUUUCAAGAUACUAUACACAUAUCAACUAAGCUGAAAACUCGACUACUAAACCAAAAUAUUUGUAUGAACAUGGGAGGAAAGCAGGUAUCUGUAGAAAGUAUUCGAAAAGUAAUUGAAAACUACUCAAGGGAUAAACAUUUACUCUGUAAGAGCUUUCUCGAUUCUUCCGAUAAAAUGAAUUUUAAUGCAAUCGACAAAAUAAGUUCUGAACGAGUUACAAAUCUACUCGUGGAAAUUCCUGACGCUGAAGCUACUAGGCAAUAUUUAAUUUUAACACGGUAUAUCUUGGAUGCAUUUUUGUUAAAAGAUAUCAGUAUAGAACGGAGGAUAUAUCUCAUUUGGUAUGCUACUUUUUUUAUGCGCAUUUGGAGAUCCUGGCUCAAAAGAAUAACCAAAGUAUUCAGAAGAAAUUUAUUACUUCAAAUACAUACACAUGCAUAGAGCUAAAUGCUCAUGAAAUUAUCCUUGCCAUU